AUGUCGACGCACGAAGCUGCACCCCACUCGUCGGAGGUCACGGACGAGCUUGACCAGGAGCCGCCCGCCUCCUGUGCUCAUCCCGCCCUUGCGCUCCAAGCCCUCAUCGAGACGCCCUGGGGGGACGUGGGCACGGGGUCAGAGUGGGAUACAGACCACGCCAAGCGGGCCCAGACGGCGGUGUCGGGCGAGCAGGUCCUCUGCGGUGGGGGAGACCGGCACCUCAACAACGAGCACGCUCUGGACGAUCGGAGCACGGCCCAGUGCCGGGUGCAGAUGCAAGUGGUGCAGCAGUUGGAGAUACAGCUGGAGAAGGAGCGAGAGAGGCUGCAGGCCAUGAUGGCCCACCUCCACAUGCGGCCCUCAGAACCCAGGACUCCCCUGCAGCCUCUGAACCUGGUGUCGAGCGCCACUCUGGCCAAGAGCACCCCCGAGUCUCCGUCCCAGGGCAUGCUGCCUCACCCGGCCAGCACCCCGACCGCCACGUCCGUCAUCACGGCGCUCCCGCCGGGCCCCCCCAUGCUGCACACGCCCGGCCUGCACGCCAUGGGCCCCAUUCGCCGGCGCCACUCGGACAAGUACAACCUGCCCGUGUCAUCAGAGCUCGCACAGAACCAGGAGUUCUACCAGAAUGCCGAGGUCCGGCCGCCCUUCACGUACGCGUCCCUAAUCAGGCAGGCCAUCGUAGAAUCUCCGGACAAGCAGCUCACCCUCAAUGAGAUCUACAACUGGUUCACCCGGAGAUUUGCGUACUUCCGGCACAACGCCGCCACGUGGAAGAACGCCGUGCGCCACAACCUGAGCCUGCACAAGUGCUUCGUGCGAGUGGAGAACGUGAAGGGCGCCGUGUGGACCGUGGACGAGAUGGAGUUUCAGAAGCGACGGCCGCAGAAAAUGACCGGGAGCCCUUCACUCGUGAAAUCUAUGCAGACCGGACUGGGAUACGGAGCUGCGUUAAAUGCAAGUUUGCAGGCGGCGCUGGCGGAGACGAACCUGCCCCUGCUGGGCGGGCUGGGGAACCCGGUGACGGCGGCGGCGCUCAUGGCGAGCCACGAGGAGCUCAACGGACUCCUGGAGCACGCCAGCAGCAACGGCAGCGGCAGCAGCGCCGGCCACUCGCCCCCGCACGCGCUUCUCAAUUGGACAGAGGUGGAGUCUCCCCAACCACGGGGACCUUGGGCUCCUAUGAGCCAUGCGCCUGCACACAGACAUCCCUUCCACGUGAAGGAGGAGCCGCUGGAGAUGGACGACAACAACGUCCCCAUUUCUCUGAUGGCGUCGGCCCCGCACAGCCCCGAGCUGGAGGAUGACAAGGACACGGAGGAGGAGGAGCCGCUGAUGAACGACGAGCUGGAGUGAGAGGGGGGCCGCCGGCGCCGACUCGGCGACGGCGCGAGGGGGCACGCGUCCACGUCCGCCGGCUCGGAGAACGGCGGACGGGCGGAAGGGCGACUCGUCGCUCGUGCGUUCUCGCCCCCCCCCCCUUCCCCAGCGACGCGAUCCUCAAAAGUCCAACCGCCACCACCUCCACCGCCGCCCACGGCGCUUACUACGCAAGGUGGCGGCAGUGCUUGCUUUUCCGGACCGAAAAACGACGAGAACAACAAGAAGUCAGAAUACGUGACGUAUGAAAACAAGUGACAAACUGCCGUGAGCAGCGUACGCACCCUGCGCGCCGAUGAUGUCUUUUGUAAAGGAUCGGAUGGUCCCACGUGAACAUUGUGAGGUGGUUUGACAUCGCCGUGGUCACAACGGCGGUGGUGCAACAAUGGUGGCGACGGCAGCGACGGCGUGAAGAGCAUCUUCUUCUCGGUGAUGCUGCAUUCAAAACUCCACGAGACUGAAAUCUUCCAUUUUGCUUUGCGCCCCUGCGGACGGGAAGCCAGCAUCGAAGACAAACGCACGAACGGAGCGGGCGUUUAACCCAACCUGAGGAGGGUUUUAAUCAAAAACGACAUUUGCCAGUAUUAACUCGACGUGAAGUGUACAUUCUGCGGCCGUCUUGUUUACGGUCCAAAGGCAUCCGGCGUCAUCUCCUCGUUUUAACCACGGGCUGUAGCACUUACCGGAGCGCAACUCCCUCUCGCCGUGUUGGAAGCCGUACCGGCUGGGGGCCAACCUGCCGGCCGGUUAAACCGUGCCGCCAAUUUUACACGGAACUGGUCAAGCUGAAGUUGCUUCUCGAAAAGUUGACACCGACUCACGACGCACGCGUGGUGCGCGCAUUGACUAAACGUGCAGUUGUAGAAUACGGUUAUUAACGUUAUUUGUCGUUUUUACUUUUGCAUUUUCUUUACAAAAAAAAACACACACACUUUCGAAAAAACUAAAAAUUAAUUGUCGUGUAUAAAUGUUUUAACGUGCCAAGUUUGCGUUGGGGUAGGUGCAUUGCCCAGCUGGUGAAGUGUUGACAUCCUGGCUCUGGCUUGGUGUGUGUGUGGCACACUGCCAGUGAAACGUGUGGCUUCACAAUACACAGAGGAGCCACUCAAAUGAAUAUGAGGAGGAUGAGCGGUAGUGGCGACUGGGCAACUCAACUGUAACGCUACGCCGAAAAAGCCCUCUGCACAACCUGCGGUGUGUAGUCUGUCUGCAUAAUCCGAUCUCUUAAGUACCUCUUUACCUCUGUUCACCUCCGAUGUUAGAAAAAUACAAAAGUCCUCAUUUCUUUUGUUACCGGUGCAAACCAAAGGUUUACCGCGGCGUUCCAAAAUGCUCAAAAAACAAAAUGCUUUAUCUUACACCGUCUACCUGCCCUGUGAGUGGCACGUCUACCAAAUUGCUUCACGGACGUCUCUGUAGGAUUGCAGAGAGAGAGAGAGGGGGGGAGUGAGGGGGGGGGGGCUCUUGGCCACCUUUGACACUGACCCCGCCACGACAAGACACGACAGAGAAACACGAGGAUUGGUGUCCAGCGACCGCGCGUUUGCUGAUGUGCUCGCCGGAGUGUGUCGCCCGCUUCUGGGACGGACGGCGCUGAGAAGAAUACGCACGUCGCGUAGCAGAGCGAAACGAAACAAACACACGAGACUCGGUCUUGCGGGGAUUUACCGCGCGGUGGCAAACGUCGCGUUCGAAAUGUCGAAAGCGCUCAACGAUCCCUCAAGCGUGUUUCUCUCUCGCCGCCUGUGCACUGCCAUCGUCUUCGUCUCCUUGAUCACCCUACAAGAGGGAUUUGAAAACUGAUUUUUUGUUUCCGUUAAAAAAUAUCGCAAGGUGUGAGGAAUUUCACGGAGCAAGGUGGCAUGAUCAUAAAGGAGAGAAAGAUGAAUUGGCAAUGCUAAAAUAAUUUCUUGUUUUUUUUUAGCUAAGUUUGAACCCAACGGGAAAGGAGAUAGAGUUAAGUGGAGGAUGGUCUUAUUAAAUAAUAAUAUAAAUACAGGUAUACAUUUUGUCACUGGUAUGUCAAAUUAAAGCACUUGUGUUACACUCAACAGACCUCUACAGUUACUUGCUACUAAUAAAAUCGCUACCUGAUUACCAAUGCUUCCUAGAGACCAAAAAAUGUAUCCCAACUACAAUCCCUCUAAUUUUCAACAGACCUCAAGUACACUCGUUUCACUCUGUGUCAUGUCGCCAGGUGCUGUCGCUUGCUCAUGUUUGCGCACGUGUGGUGUUUGUGGCGGUUGGAUUGGAUUCGUGGUGAUGCUGAGAGCUUAAAGCCUGGUUUCCUUUAGUCUAAAUGUCAAUCACCGAUCCAAACGCGCAUUUAAAUAUAUUUAAACAACUAACGACGACAUUUAACAAUAUUCAAGCCGUUCUCUUGAAUUACAAAACAAAAAAAUAACAACAGUAUUUAACUCCAGAAUUCUGGACACGUGAUUUGUUUUCAAAAGUAUGUUUUGUGAUUUUUUUAAAUAUAUACGUUCACUGUUAAAUUAAAUAUUUUAUGGUAAAUAUUAACGCCCCCUUUUGUGAUGGUUGACCUUAAAUUAAAAAGUUUCAGUAAAGUUGUUUUUGUUUAAGUCGAUAUAUGUUUGAAUUAACACUGCGCACCCCUAUUUAAAUGGUCUUGACUGUGGAAGUCAGUCGCUGGUAAUUUAUAAAAUGUUGUCUUUUGAAUACACUCAUGUUGAAUGCUUUCCACAGGCAGCAUAGGACCCACAUGCUUGGAAAUUUGGCUUUGAUUCACCUUCGGUCAUUUGUGCUGUUUGCCCGUAUUUUAAAGACACACCAUUUGCUGUUAUCCAUAUUUAUUUCGCUCGCUCUUUUUUGCCAAGUGUAAUCUCUGAGAUUGCCAAAGAUGGUUCGGAUAUACAGUACCUUCUUUAAGUAACAACCAAAUAGCAAGACGCGGGCCCCUUUUAAGGAGGUGGCAAAGAAACUAUUCUGUUGACCAAAAUGCAUUGCAUCCAAAAGGCAAGCAUUCCCUUCACGUCAGGCGAAGUGUAAUGAACCAAAGUUUUCUCUCUGCGACCGUCGUUUAAAAAAAUAGCGGUAAAUGUUGACACUUAGCACCCCACCCACCCACCCGCCAUCCCUGCCUCAUACUACCGCGCUCAAGUCUCUGCUAUGAAAUCUCCGCGGCUCGAGGCACGCCGCCAGAUCCGUUUCUGUUCCAAUUCACGGAGCGCGUUGCGUCGACGCAGAGGCCCGCGACCUCCUUUUCAGGGCCCUGUCGAAGGCGACAAACGGACAUUGCGAGCAAAAAACAAACAGACAGACGUUGAGUUCUUGAAGCGAGAGACGUUGUCGAAACCGAGAAAUAUACCUUUUAAAACAAACAAAAAAGCAUCGAUCGUGACACUAAGAUGUACGCGUCGAGUUAUCCGUAGCGCACGUGUGAUGUUGACGGUUUAACAUUUAAUUUUGAGGAAACCGUUUUUGAAAAAAAAUGUUUGUCUGAUAUCCAUGCAUGAUGUAACAUUGUGUGAUUGUUGUGGAUUUAAAAUCGGGUUUAACGCUUUCGCCGGAAGCGGAAAACCGUGAAGAUGUUUAUGACGUGGGGAAGAAGAAGAAGAAUUACAAAGAAGUUCAUGCAUUUACUGCCCUCCAAGCUCUCCGUCGACUCAGCACUAAAUGAGCAAAGCUUUACAAAGGAUAAUACCUACUCUAGAGCAUAGGGUGGCUUGUCACAGUUACAGUAUUUGGGAAAUUUUACGACAGAAAAAAUUCUGAAGUGAAUAACGUAGUGUAGUGAUAUUAACUCAAAUGCGACCCUAUAUCUUUAAACAAACAACACACACACACAGGUGUUCUGUUAGCGAGUAGGCGGUAGCUUAAAGCUCGAAUAUAAGUCGCAUAUUAUUGUAAAUAAGGUUAAUGUGUAAUUAUGACAACAUAACACACAAGCGUGACAUCUUUAGAAUGCAUACCUCAACUAGAUUAAACCUCUUUGAAAUAAAGUACAGUUUGCACUUAGCUGUAAAAAUAAAUUUGCAUGAUUUUAGCAGAUACACGUUAGUUUGUAUAUUCUUAGCCUUUGAGGUGGAUGUUUGAAAACAGUGAACACUUCACUUGUGUGUUGGUGAUCUUUACGAUGUGGCGUUUUGCUCAAAGCAAAAACUGUUUUCUGCUUCUUCUUUACAAAGAAUUCCUUUGUAGUCUAUAUAAUUUUGUUUUUAUUUCAUCGCAAGAAGUAAAUGUAAUAUCCCUCUUACCAACCUGUUAACGACAUGGUAUUGAGAUUAUACUGAAAUACAUGGAAAAGAUGUGUUUUGAUGUACUAUUAUCGUUCCCGUUGGAAUUGUUUUCCACUUUCGUUUUAAUUAUUUCUUGUUGUUAUCAUUGCAUAGGUCGUUUUUUGUUUCGUUUGUUUGUUUUUUUACAAAAUUGCUUCUUCUGUAUACUGUAGUAGAUAUGACUUAGUAAAACGAAAUGGCUUGGUAUUUGUGACAAUGCUUUGUAUUUAACUGUCAUGCUCGUAGCUGGAGAAGAAGCCCUGAAUGCAUCAUAUGUACUUUAGCUUAACAUGAAAUCAGCUGUACCAUUUUACAUUUGCUUUGAACUGAAUAACACAUUGAGAGCUCUUAGUUAUUAAUGCUUGGACACACCUUUGUCUUUACAUGUGACGGUGUAAUCACGUGCAGGAGGCUCUAAGGCUCCACUCACGCAGCUCUGGCGGAGUGACACACCACGUGAUCCGAGCUUGCCGAGAGAUGAGUCGAUCCAUUCCGAUGUUUUUUUUUACUUUUACGGUUUAUUUUCUGUGACUUAAUAAAAAUUCAAGAUUGGACCAAAACGCCAAACGGAGUAUCUGAUACAGUAACGUGUAAUUCGCAGCUUAAAGGUCUUAUGAUUUUUAUUCGUUAAACUUACCUUUUUAAGUGCCAAGGAUAAAAAAAAAUGAUAAAGUUUAAAAAAAAUAAAGUGGUUGAACUUG